GCAGGUAAACAGCUGAUUAUAAACUUUAUUCAUAUUUCAUGGAUUUACAAACGUCGUGAACGCGUCAGUAAGACGUCAUCAUCGCGACCACAAAGCGGCGCUGUGACGCGUUUUAUGAACUUCCGCCAGCAGUAAGGUCACAGCGGUGAUGUCACAGUGAUGAUGUUGCUGCAGCGGUACCGUGAGGUUGCCAUGGUGACCCUGCAGGUGUCGGGGGGGGCGGAGUCUCACCUGUACUGUGAGAAGGUAGGGGGCGUGUCCGGACAGGUGGAGGCCUUCCUGGUGGAAGUGUUCCGCUGUAAACUGUGUCAGUUCACCUGCGCCAUGAAGGAUGACAUCACCACUCACCUGAGCCUGCGACACCGCCCCCCCCCCCUCACCUGUCUGAGCGAGGAAGAGGAGGAGGGGCCAGGGGGGGCGUCGCCCUAUCAGCUCGAUCUGAGCGGCCAAUCAAAGCACAGCGACGACGACGAAGACUUCCUGCUUUACAACAUGCUGGACAGCAUGACCCCGCCCACCUGUGACAUCACUGAGGGGGGGCUGCAGGUAGCCCACACUUGUGAGGUCAGCACUCUGUUUGAGGAGGAAUCUUCCAUCUUCCCUCUGAAGGGGGGCUCUGUGGAUCUGUCCUGUCCCAUCGACCCCCCCGCCACUCAGGAGGAGAUGGCGCAGUCCGCCCACCUGAUGACUCUGGGACUGUGUCGUAUCUCUGCUGCCCGGCCUCCUUCUGCUCCUCCUCCUGCUCCUCCUCCUGCUCCUCCUCCUGCUCCUCCUCCUGCUCCUCCUCCUGCUCCUCCCCCAGGCUCCACAGACAGCGUGCAGACGUCCAGAAGACGCCGGCUGCAGUGUCUCCUGUGUCCCCUGACGCUGCCGUCCCGGCGGCUGCUGGACGUGCACGUGCGGUCCCACCGGGCGGGGGGGGGGUUCGGCUGCGUGCGCUGCAGCCUGCCGGCCGACAGCUGGAGUCAGCUGGAGCUGCACUGGAGGACUCACUGCAGGAGGCAGCAGCAGAAGAAGAAGAAGAAGAAGAAGAAGAAGAGGGAGGCGUCACACCUCGCUCACCACGAGACACACAGCGACCGCUCAGAUGGACGGAGGCAGCAGCUGAUUGGACGAGCAGACAGGAAGAAGGUGAAGCACCUAGAAACAAAAACACAGGCGUGUUCUCUGCAGCACGCGUCAGACAGCAGGAAGAGAACCAGAACAAAAACAGAAGAAGAAGAGAAGGAGGAAGAGUCGACGCGGUUCUGCUGCUCGUUGUGUCACAGGAAGUUCUCCAGCAGACUGACGCUCAGACGCCACCUGGACGUUCACAGAGGAGAGAAACCGUUCCGUUGUUCUCACUGCGAGUACAAAAGCAGACUGAAGGCCUCACUACUGCAACACCUGAGGACACACACAGGUGAGAAGCCCUUCAGGUGUCCUCAGUGUGCGUACGCCUCCAUCGAUCGCAGCUCUCUGAUUCGUCACUCGAGGACUCACAGCCAGGAGAAGCCGUACAGGUGUGAUCACUGUGACUACAGCAGCAUCCAGAAGAAGAGUUUGGACCUCCACGCUCGCCGUCAUCACACCGGUGAGGCGUUUCCGUGCCAACAGUGCGAGUACUCGAGUCCAGACCGCCAGCUGCUGCUGCGACACGUCCGCAGACACCACGCCCCCCCGCUGUGAC